AUGUUUUCUAACCCAUAUUCUCAUGAUUCUUCAAUCCAUGAAUCGUUUAGUAACAUAUUGUCUAGAUUGUCACAAACCAAAAAUCUUAAAUCCAUCAAAAAAGUUCAUGCACAUUUACUUAAAACAGGACUAAUUUUCAUUUCAUACACGCUUCAAACAAAUCUUGUAUAUACAUACACAAAAUGCUUACAACAAAACAACAUUCAAAUCUUAACCAAAUUCUUCAAAUGCUCCAUUUUUACACACCCAUUUGCCUUUAAUCCAAUCUUGUCAACUUUUGUUAAAAAUGGGCUACCUUUAAUUGCUAUAAAAACUUUAUCUUUUAUGCAUGGAAAUGGUGUAUGUAUAGAUACUUAUGCUUUAUGCAGCUCGUUAACGGCGUCGUGUUUGGUUCAAGAUGUACGGUUUGGGAAACAGAUUCAUACCCAUGUGGUGAAAUCUGGUUGGGGUUGCAGUGUGUUUUUAGGUAGUGCUUUGGUUGAUUUUUACGCGAAAACAAUGGCUGUUGAAGAUGCAGCUAAGGUGUUUGAUGGAAUUCCUGUGAAGAACACGGUUUGUGUAAAUGCGCUUCUUUCGGCUUACUCUGAUGCUAAGAUGUGGGUUGAUGGUGUUGAGUUGUUUAGAAGUAUGUCUGGUUUGGGAUUGUGUUAUGAUAAUUGGACAUUUUCUGGUGGGUUGAAUGUAUGUGCUGGGAUGUAUGCAGUUGACUUGGGGAGUCAAAUACAUGCGAAAGUGAUUCGUACUAUUUAUGACGUAGGAACCGAUGUGUUUCUCUUGAGUUCAUUGAUUGAUUUGUACGGAAAAUGUGGGCUGGUGGUUAAAGCUAAACGGGUAUUUGAUAUGGCGGGAUUUACUGAUGUGGUUUUGUGGACAUCGAUGCUUGGUGUCUAUGGCAGAAACGGGCGUCAUGAAGAAGUUAUCCGAGUGUUUAAAGAGAUGCUUAGCAAGAAAGUUAGACCAGAUGGGGUGGCAUUUGUUACUGUUAUCUCAGCUUGUAGUCACACGGGCCAGGUUGAUCUUGGGACGGAGUACUUUGAGUCCAUGGUUCGUGAUUUUGGGCUAAACCCAAGUCCCGAGCACUAUGGAGGCCUAGUGGAUUUGUUUUGUAGGGCGGGUGAGUUAGAAAAGGCAUGGAAUGUGGUAAAUGAGAUGCCAAGUAAAGUGAGUGUGAGUGUUUCCGUUUGGGGAGCGCUGUUGAGUGCGUGUUGUGAUCACGGGAACGUUGAUUUGGGUAAGUUUGCUGCUCAAAAGGCCCUUGAAUUGGAUCCUAUGAAUACCGGGGUUUAUGUUUUAUUGUCGAAUAUGUAUGCUAAAUAUGGUUUAUGGGAUGAAAUUGAAGAAUUAAGGGAAUUUAUGCGCGAUAAAGGAAUAAAGAAAGACAUUGGGUCUAGCAGGAUUUGAUGCCAAGGCAGCCUGUUAAUAUUGUUUCUGUUGUGUGUACUGUGUAGGAAUGAGCAAAUAUUUCCGAAUCCUGAUCCCGCCCCGAUACUGGUAAUGUGCCAUUGGCAACUUUAUUAUUAUUGUCUUGUCAUUUUCAUAAUCUCGUUUUCGAUUCUAAAUAUGCGUAUUAUUUUACAAACAUCAUUUAUAUCUCACUUUUACAUCAA